CAAUUCCUAGCCAUAGUCGAAGUGGCAUUUUAGGACCUUAUUCCAGGAUUAUACCACUUUAGAGUAAAUAAUGCUCCAGAAAGUACGGCCUUUCUUAAGUCGGGCUUCUAUGUCCUUUCAGGUUCUCUCUGAUCUCCAUCUUGAGAUUAACCUGCAGUAUCCUCUUUAUGACAUUCCAGUUUGUGCGGAAUAUCUUAUCCUUGCAGGUGAUGUUGGGCGCUUAACGGACUAUGAUGAUUAUCGCAAUUUCCUACAAAAGCAGACAGACCGAUUCAAAUUGGUAUUUCUUGUACUCGGAAAUCAUGAGUUCUAUAAUGGGACUUUCGCGGCAGGGCUGGAAAAGGCUAGACAACUUGAACAGGAACCUUCCUUGAAAGGACGAUUAAUUGUUCUUCAUCAGAAACGAUAUGAUGUCCCGGGUUCUUGUAUCACUAUUCUAGGCUGUACGCUUUGGUCAAAAGUGCCUCACGAGUCGAGGGAUAUCGUCCAGUCGAAGGUCAAAGAUUUUCAAAAAAUCGAGGGCUGGUCAGUUGAUGACCAUAAUGCAAACCAUAAUUCAGAUCUCGCCUGGCUACUGAAAGAGAUACAUUCGAUACAUCAAGAAAAUGGAAAGGCAGAAAAGCGGAGUAAAAAAAAAUCUAUUCUUGUUGUCACACAUCACGCUCCUCUACUUCAAAGGACAUCGAGCCCACAACAUGCACAGAACCCUUGGAGUGUUGCCUUUGGGACUGAUAUCCUAUCGCAGACACUAGAUGGGGUGAAAGUCUGGGUGUUCGGGCACACACAUUAUACCACUGACUUUAAGGAGGGGGAGGUAAGAGUUGUGAGCAACCAACGGGGAUAUGUGCUGCCUUGGAACAAUUCGAGGAAUACACAGGAUAGAUUUGAUGUGAAGAAGGUUAUACGUGUAUCAUGA